AUGAAGGUUUUUUCUUCGGACUGCACCUUCAACUACUCGUGGGACGAAGUUUCUACGGCAAACUGGCGCAAAUACUGCCCUUGGAAUGACAAGUCGACGCAUGUGAAGGCCGUUGAUACCCUUUCGAGGGCGAUCGAGCCAUCAACAGGAAUUUUGCGCACUGAGCGUCUUAUAACUUGUUAUCAGUCCGCGCCCAAAUGGGUGCUCAGCCUCUUCGGAGGCAGCGAAUUGUCAUAUGUUUAUGAAGUUUCAUACGUCGACCCGAUUACCAAGAAAGUUACCAUGUGCUCCACAAAUCUCACAUGGGCCAAUGUUCUUAAUGUCCGAGAGACAGUCACAUAUCAACCAUCCCAGUCGUUGCCAGACAAGCAGACCGAGUUCCAACAAGAAGCAACGAUUACCGCACUCUGCACAGGAUGGCAAAAGAUUAAGAACAAGGUGGAAGAAGUCAGCGUUGAGCGAUUCAGAGAAAACGCCAAGCGAGGUCGCGAAGGUUUCGAGGCAGUUCUUGAAAUGAGUCGGCGCGUGUUUGGCGAACAGAAAGAACUUGAGAAGAAGUUGCAGGCCUCAUAA